AUUUCAAUGGCAUCACCCAACUCUCCAUUUCUCUAGAAAAUUCCAUAGUUUUAUAAGCAUUUAUGUAAAUAUUUCAUCUUCCAUUUCAUUUCUAGAAAAUCCGAUUCAAACCUUUCUUCCUUCUCAAAAUGUUCUUCUUCCAGCAGCGCUCAAAUUUUGUUCUCCAUGUUUCAUAGACAUUUGAUUUGCACAGUAGGGACUGUAUGUGUUGCUGUGAAUGUUGAUUAAAUGAGUUCUUGUGGGAGUGAUUGAUGAUAGCUGUGAAGGGUAAUCUAUUAUAUUUAUUUUAGUGAUUAAUGGUGCUUAUUUUUGUUGUUGUUGAAAUUAGCCUUUUAUACUUUAGCCCAUUAUAUUUAUUUUUCAACAACUCAGAAACGUUGCUGCACUCACUGCAAACAAGCGCCGCUUCUGGAUUCACAGCAAAUAUGAAAGGUUGAUUUGCAAAGUGUUGAUGCUGCACUCAUCUCUAUUAAGCUUAAUUUAUUAUGUUUUUUGCCCUAUUCUCUCUGUUUCAACUGCAAAUCUGAGAAAUUAGACAGGCGAAAGAUGCUUAUGGGUUGGAAAUUGGGGAAGAAGAUAGGGGUAAUUUGAAGCUCCGAUUCGUAGCUUCGCCCAAACUCGCGUUUUCUCCUUUUCAUAAUCGCUUUAUGGUAUCACCCAAACAUCACUGGAAAUUGAAAAGUUGCGUUUGGAGAAAAAAAACGCACGUUUGGGCAUCUAAACGCAGAAACAAACAGGCACUAUAUGCGCCCAUAGAUAUCCAUCAACAUCCGUAAUUGAGACUCUUCGAUUGGAGUAGUAAAGACAUCUCAUAAUUGGAUCAAUUUAAAGGCUAACACCCUUCCCAAAAAAUAAACCAUUGAUCUUCUUGUAGCUAAUGUCCAUCCGUAAAGUGACUUUGCAAUACUACUACUUUUGAACUUCAAAGAUUAACACAAAAUCGAUCAACUUGGGGAAUGGAUACCAAAAAAAUGGAAGAAAAAUGGAUAAAACACUAUAGUAACCAUCAUAAGAUACUACUUGUGGGAGAAGGUGAUUUUUCUUUUGCACUAUCUUUGGCAAAUGCAUUUGGUUCUGCUUCCAACAUGGUAGCAACUUCUCGUGAUUCCAAAGGGUUAUUGAUAAUGAAAUACUCAAGAGCUUUUGCAAUUUUGGAAGAACUAGAGACACUUGGUUGCAGCAUUGUACAUGAAGUUGAUGCACAUAGUGUCCACAAGCACCCAAUGUUACAAAAUAAAGCUUUUGAUCGUAUAGUCUACAAUUUCCCUCAUGCUGGAUUUGAUUUGGCUGAGAAUAAUUUGAACCAAAUUGGGCUUCAUCAAGAAGUGGUGUUGGGAUUUCUAAAGAGUGCAAAGAAGAUGCUAACAAUUAAUGGUGAAAUUCACAUUACACACAAGAAUAACAAGCCUUUUUCUAAAUGGGAAAUAGUAAAAUGUGCAGAGAAAAUUGGUUUGGUCUUUGUUGAAAAAGUCCCAUUUAAAAUAAGUGAUUAUCCAGGUUAUGUAAAUAAGAGAGGCUCAGGAGAAAAUUGUGAUGGAACUUUUCCUAUUGGUGAUUCAAGUACUUUCAAAUUUUCAAAACCAAAAUAUGUUAGUAAAAUUAUGUUGGUAUCUCAAAAUCUUUCAACAAGACAUCUUCAUAGGCCACUAGACACUUGGUACUAUUAGUUCCUCUGCAAUUCUCAAUCUUUCAACAAGACAUCUUCAUAGGCCACUAGACACUUGGUACUAUUAGUUCCUCUGCAAUUCUCAAUCUUUCAACAAGACAUCUUCAUAGGCCACUAGACACUUGGUACUAUUAGUUCCUCUGCAAUUCUCAAUCUUUCAACAAGACAUCUUCAUAGGCCACUAGACACUUGGUACUAUUAGUUCCUCUGCAAUUCUCAAUCUUUCAACAAGACAUCUUCAUAGGCCACUAGACAAGUACUUUCAAAUUUUCAAAACCAAAAUAUGUGAAAGCAAUUUCUUUGGGGCUUCUAGUUGUGUUAGAAGACCCGGAUUCAGUACAGUUGAAAAAUUAUGUUAGUAAAAUUAUGUUGGUAUCUCAAAAUCAAAACUGUUGUAGGAUUGAUUCCAAAAUGGAAGAAAGAUGGAUAAAACAUUAUAGUAGCUGCCACAAGAUAUUGCUGGUUGGAGAGGGAGAUUUCUCUUUUGCACUCUCUUUGGCAAGGGCAUUUUGCUCGGCUUCCAACAUAGUUGCAACUUCUUUUGAUUCGAAAGUGUCAUUGCAGGUGAAGUACUCAAGAGCUACAAUAAAUCAGAUAGAACUAAAGAGGUUCGGUUGCACCAUUUUGCAUGAAGUGGAUGCCCUUACCAUGGACCAACACCCGUUGUUGCUAGGGAAAAUAUUCGAUCGCAUAGUCUUUAAUUUUCCCCAGGAUAUAGGAUUUGCUUUUCACAAAAUUCAGAAUCACCAGAAGUUGGUGUUGGGUUUUCUACAGAAUGCAAGGAGGAUGCUAAGUCGCGACGGGGAAGUUCAUGUGACACUAAACUGUACCUAUCCUUUUAAUAAAUGGGAAGUAGUGAAAUUGGCAAAGAAAGCUGGUUUGGUAUUGGUUAAGAAGGUGCCAUUUAAAAUGCAAGAAUAUCCAUGUUACACUAAUAGAAGAGGAUCUGGACUCAAUUGGGAUGGAAAGUUUGAUGUUGGUUAUUAUUGUAGCACCUUCAAGUUCUCGAAAGCAAAAAAUGUUCAAUCUUUUGUGGCAAUAUCAGAAAUAUCAGUAGACCCAAAUUCACUGCAGUUAAAAGAUACAAGUGAAUGUGAAUUGAAGUUGUCGAGUAAAGAUCAGAUGGUUCGCGUUUCAACUUCAACAAAUUUGAUUGAAACCACUAUUUAUUCUCCGAUCAACACCACAACAAAUUCAAAUUCAAAUUUAAUCUCAAUGUGCACAAUUUUAUGAAGAAGCGAAGAAUGCAUACUCUAAAAUUUAGACCAAGCUUUCAAAAAAAAAUGUACACCAAAAAACAUUUAUCUUUGCAAUGUUGAAGAAUGUUUGAGUUUGUGAAAGAAGCAACUUGUAAUUAGUCCUGCAUUUCUUUGAUGAAAUAUCGGUCUAUUUCGAUAUAUUUUGUCAUGUCAUGCUGAAUAGGAUUAUGAACAAUACUUUGGUGAAAUUAAGACUUUAUUUUUGGGUGA